CAUGUUCUUGCCAAGCUUAAGGACUACUAAUUUACCGUAAACACGGAAAAUACAUUGUCAGUCUAUGUGCACUUUUCUAUGCACGUUUUGUGAUAAUACCGCGGUUAUGCGUUUACGCUAUCAGAAUAAUUUAACAUCAUAAUAGGUUUGUGGAGAUGUUGACUGAAUAGAAGUAGGCGUGUCGUGUCUUACUGCUUCUUCCCUACUUUUUAUUGCGAUCUGAUUCACAUAGAAUCAGCGGCACAGGUGAACGGGUCCUUUUAGCAAGUGGGUGAUAUUUCAAGCUACAAGUUAAGAUUACAAGCACAAAUCAUACUGUGAGGCCAAUAAAAGAUAGAUCUACCUACUUUAAUAAGGAAAUAAAAUCAGGAGAACUCAGAAAUCAUCAUGGUCGACGGCGUGAUAAAUAUCUGGGGUCUGGUGGCCAUUAUUAUAUUUUACAUCAUCAUCUUUAUCAUCGGAAUAGUGGCUGGAAGAAAAUCUAAGAGUUUUGGUAAAAAAGCACAAACAACAGAACUGAUUCUAGCAGGAAGAAAUAUUGGACCCUUUGUCGGCAUUUUCACGUUGACGGCGACUUGGGUGGGCGGAGGUUACAUCAACGGAACAGCGGAAAUCACCCUGAGUUCAGGGUUAGUGUGGUGUCAAGCACCUGUAGGAUAUUCCAUCGCUCUCGCCAUUGGUGGGCUGGUGUUUGCUGGACCCAUGCGAUCCGCAGGGUACAUGACAAUGCUGGAUCCAUUUCAACAUAAAUACGGUCCAGUCAUGGCGGCUUUACUGUACAUUCCAGCCCUGCUGGGAGAUUUGUUCUGGUCGGCGGCUAUUCUAUCGGCUCUCGGUUCUUCUCUGACAGUCGUGAUUGGACUUGACAACACGCUCUCUAUCAUUGUAUCAGCCAUCAUCGCCGUUGUUUAUACACUUAUCGGUGGACUAUAUUCCGUGGCGUAUACAGACGUAGCACAGCUGAUAAUGAUUCUCAUUGGAUUGUUUCUGGCUUUUCCUUUUGCUAUGCACCACCCCGCCGUUUCCUCUCUGGAAAUGACGUCAUCAAGCUGGUUGGGUACCCUGACCAAGAACGACGCUGGGUUGUACUUAGAUUCUGGAUUACAGCUGAUAUUUGGAGGAAUACCUUGGCAGGUAUACUUUCAACGGGUGCUCUCUGCAAAGACGGUGAAUCAGGCAAAAUGGUUAUCUAUUGUAGCUGGCUUUUUAUGUGUGGUAUGUGCUGUUCCAGCUGUAAUGAUUGGAGCCAUUGGAGCCUCAACAAAUUGGACAGAGACUGCUUACGUCGAUGUUUACAAUCGGACUACAGUCCCUUCAGAAGAAUACAAGAACAUCUUGCCGCUUGUCUUGCAGUAUCUUACGCCCCCUGUCGUCUCUUUCAUCGGGCUAGGCGCCGUCUCCGCCGCUGUGAUGUCAUCUACUGACUCCGCCAUUUUGUCCAUGAGCUCACUCUUUUCUCACAAUGUGUAUAGACCAUUGAGGGAGUUCAUGUGUCGCGGGAAGAAGGCUUCCGAGCUGGAAGUUGUUUGGCUAAUGCGUGUAGCAGUUGUGGUCUUUGGAGCGGCGGCUGCAGCAAUGGGCAUCUACAUCACCUCAAUAUACGAUCUGUUCGUCUUGUGCUCUGAUUUUGUCUACGUUAUCCUUUUCCCCCAACUUGUAUGUGUGAUAUACCUCAAGCAGGCCAAUAUGUACGGAGCUUUAACUGGGUAUAUAAUUGGCUGGAUCCUUCGUCUUGGAGGUGGGGAAGCGACAUUUAAUCUUGCUGCGUUUAUUCUAUACCCAUGGUACGACUUUGAGAACAGCGCUCAAAGAUUUCCCUUCAAAACGUUCAGCAUGCUUGUCAGUUUCCUCUCCAUAGUGAUAGUGUCGUUGAUAUUCCACGUGCUUUUUGCUCGGGAAAUUUUGCCAAAAAAGUAUGACUUUUUUGCCUCCUGCAUACCGAAACAGGAAGAAGAGCACCACGAAGAGGAAGUUGAAAAUGAAUUGGGCGACCCAAAAGAGAACGGGCUUUAUAAUUUAGGAUACAUUGCUGAAGAUCAGGAGAAGCAAGAAUAUAAUACCAAAUUAUAAUGCAUAAAUCGACGCAAUAUAAUUCAUUUUUGUAGUAGUCUUUUUAAAGUGUCUUACCUGUGACAUAAAGAAAGCCAGUGUGAUAGAAACAAACCCGAGACAAACAAAAUAAAGCAAUUCUUCAGCCAUUACGACCAAUCAGGUUGCUGGAAUAUGUUUCCCCGCUCUUGUCUCUCACAUCAGCUUGUUCCCAUUCUUCAAUAUCUUUUGUAAAUUACAUGUAGUUGUCAUUCUCCUCAUUCGUCUUUACAACCCACUCUGCAAACUGCUAGUUUAAAGCAACUGGCUAUUGUCUUUUCUCAUAUUUCUGUCAUAUUUCUAUUGAGCUACAUAAACGUACUCGCUUAUUUUUUGAUGGAAGAUUAUGGAACCUUAAUGUAAUCGUGCAUUUUUCCUACCACCAUUGUCAGUCUCUAUUUUAAGGAUUAAAAUCGACACAAACCUAUUCCAUCAUUGAUAUUAGGGAAAUAAUGAGUUAAACCUUUACUUUGCCUAUUUUAAAUUUCAUUAAUUUUGUUAUAAUUUUGUUAGAAUUUUUAUUUGUUGUAGAUUGUUGCCAUUACUUCAACUAAAAUGUAUGCAUAACUUUUUAUCUUUUCUUGAAAUGAUGUUAUCUUAUUACAUUAAUAUUUUAAUAUUACUUAAAAGUAAUUUGCUUUUGAUAGGUAUGCCUUGCUGUAUGUUAUAGUUUCUUUUAAGACUUGAAAUUUUUCAGCCUUUUUCACCAAAGUAUUAAAAUGCACCUAUUUUGAUGAUAGGUUAAGUAACACGUAUUGCCCUUUCCAUUUAUCAUCCAUGGCAUUUUUGCAUAUAGUUGAGGUAUAUAACUCUUCUUGAAUGGGUGCAGACGGCGAUAUACUCAAUGUUCUGCAUUUCUUGUGAUGCCGACUCUGUUUAUUUAAAAUUCUUGGUAUAAUUUUACAAUGUAUCGUAGCACCCGAAAUACAUGUCCGCCCCUCUUACAAAGUCAAAUUCUAUGAGGUAGUAAGGUUUGGGUGGCCGGACGGCUGUGUCUCCCUUUCUUACCGAUAGAAUGCCAGUACGUCGACGGCAUUUUGGGAGCGUUUUCUUACAGCUGGCUCAUGUAAAUUUUAGACUGUAUACGUGUGCUCAUUUAUUUUCCAUAAGACCAUUGUAUCUUAUACUUUUUACCUAAACCACCUUUCAGUAACGCGGGUAUGUCAUUAAAUUUUUUCUUUAUUUACUUAUGGUGUAAUGUUGCAACAUAUGCACAUGUCUAUAUUGAAACAUAUCAUUUAGUUUUUUUAUAAUAAAUAUUGUUAGCCUCCAGGCUGUUGUAUAGUAUUACUGUAGCAUUACACAU